AUGCUUGAGUGCCGUUGUUGCCGGGCACGGGAUUGCUUGGGGAUGUUAAUCAAGGGAAUCGGAGUGAAGAAAUGUGCAACUCCUCUGGAGCUGAGAGAAGCUUUUGAUUCUAUUAGAUAUCUGGCGGUUUCAAUCUUCAAAGAUAAAAGAGUCUUUAUCGAGAAGUUCGUGGAAAACGCGAGACAUGUUGAAGUUCAGAUUGUUGGUGAUGGGGACGGGUUGGUGAAACAUCUCGGUGAGCGGGACUGCUCGCUCCAGCGGCGGAAGCAGAAAGUUAUUGAAGAGUGUCCUGCUAUAUUCGUGCCGGAAAAGAUUCGUGGGAGUAUGCGCCGCGCAGCCAUCGAGCUUGCUUCUUCCGUCUCGUAUAGAGGUGUUGGCACCGUUGAAUUCUUAUAUGAUAUCGGAACCGAGGCUUUCUAUUUUAUGGAGGUGAAUACGCAGCUACAAGUAGAGCAUGCCGUCACCGAAAUCAUUACUGGGCUAGAACUCGUAGAGGCAAUAAUCAGGAUUGGCGCCGGCGCUUCGUCUUGGCAACUCUUAGAGGUGUCGUUUCCUGAGAAUGUACGAGUUGAUACGUGGAUCGAAGCUGGUACCAUUAUCUCCUCUCUAUAUAAUCCUUUGUUGGCAAAGGUCAUCGUAUGCGGCAAGGACCGUCCAGAAGCCAUCAGGAAGCUAGCCGCUACUCUCCAAAACAAUGUUUUUUCUGGCAUCGAAACGAACCUAGAUUACCUCAAGCAAAUAGUUUCGAGCAGCGAUUUCCAAAAUGGAACGUACACAACGACAACACUCGAUACCGUCAAGUUCCAAGCCGAUGCAUUCGAAGUCUUAGAUCCAGGGCCCUCGACCACCAUCUAG